AAUAAUGUAUUUGUGUCAUGGUAAAUCCCUAAAUAACGCAAUAGCUUUAUAAAUGAGUAAUACAUAUUAACAAAUGAUCAAUACUUUAAACUGCUUUGGGAUAAACCAAUUGCAUAUUCUUAUCAGUAUUAAAACUGAGCUAUAGUACGUUAAAAGCUGAACAUAUCUUCUAAAAAUAAUGAUAUUACUGACGCCAAAUAUAAAGAACAAAAGAUAGAAUACAAUGCAGGUACAUGUACAUUUCCACAUGAAUAUAUAUUUACAAAAACACAUGAAUAAAUCCGAUUGAGUUCUGUAAACUACAAGUAGCCUACAGAUCGGAUCUAACAGGAAAUAACUAUCUGUGACUUCCUGUUUAUUCUUUGCAGGCAACUAUUGCAGAUUUUUGUCAACGCCCCUGCUGCUGCCGCCUGCGCAGUUCAUCUCGAACGACAACGCAUGACUGGUUCGCGUCAUCAUUGUGCGCAAGGACGAAUAGUGCGUAGGAACUCCGCGACGGACCACGCCCCCCCUAGUCUCUCCUUUCGCUUGAGCCGCUUUGUCGAUGUUGAUAAUCGGUUUUCUAAUCCAGUGGUGAAGCUCUUCGUGUUGCCCAUGAACGGCGCCAUGGCCGCAUCCUCUCACCGGAUAACGUUAGGACCGUUGGUUGCAGCCAUCGACCAGGGCACGAGCUCCACGCGGUUUCUGGUGUUUAAUUCAAAAACAGCAGAGCUCCUCAGCCAUCAUCAGGUGGAAAUCAAACAGAGCUUCCCCAAAGAAGGAUGGGUGGAGGAAGACCCCAAAGAAAUUCUGCAGUCGGUGUACGAGUGCAUGGAGCGGACGUGUGAAAAGCUCACCCAGCUCAACAUAGACAUCUCGAACAUUAAAGCUAUUGGAGUGACCAACCAAAGAGAGACCACGGUUGUUUGGGACAAAGAGACGGGGGAGCCCCUCUACAAUGCCAUUGUUUGGCUCGACCUGCGGACUCAAUCGACAGUUGAACGUCUAAUCAACAAAACUCCAGGAAAGAAUAAGAACCACUUGAAGCAUAAGACGGGGCUCCCGAUCAGCACCUACUUCAGCGCAGUGAAGCUCCGCUGGCUGAUGGACAACGUGGACGAGGUCCACGAGGCCGUCGUGUCUCACCGCGCCAUGUUCGGCACCGUGGACUCCUGGCUCAUUUGGUGUUUAACCGGGGGCAAGUCAGGCGGAGUCCACUGCACAGAUGUGACCAACGCCAGCAGAACCAUGUUGUUUAACAUCCACACUUUGGACUGGGACCCAGAACUCUGCACGUAUUUUGGUAUUCCCAUGGAGAUCUUGCCCCGAGUGAGGAGUUCUUCAGAAAUCUACGGUCUCAUGAAAAUUUGUUCUAGCCGGAAAUCUGGAGUUCUCUCCGGUAUCCCUAUUUCAGGGUGUCUUGGGGAUCAGUCUGCGGCACUGGUUGGACAGAUGUGUUUUCAGGAAGGGCAGGCUAAAAACACGUAUGGCACUGGCUGCUUUCUCCUGCGAAACACAGGAGCCAAGCCUGUAAUGUCUGACCACGGCCUUCUGACCACUGUGGCCUACAAACUUGGUCGAGACAAACCUGCCUGCUACGCACUCGAGGGCUCUGUGGCCAUUUGUGGAGCCGUGGUUCGUUGGCUGCAGGACAAUCUGGGGAUCAUCGGAUCAUCUGAAGAGCUCGAGAAGCUGGCUGCAUCAGUCGGUACAUCCUACGGCUGUUAUUUUGUUCCUGCUUUUUCAGGUCUUUAUGCUCCGUACUGGGAGCCCAGUGCUCGAGGGAUCAUUUGUGGGUUAACUCAGUUCACCAAUAAGAGUCACGUCGCAUUUGCUGCUCUGGAAGCUGUGUGUUUCCAGACCAGAGAGAUACUGGACGCUAUGAACCAGGACAGCGGCAUCCCGCUGACUCAGCUCCAGGUGGACGGAGGAAUGACGUCCAACAGGCUGCUGAUGCAGCUGCAGGCAGACAUCCUCUGCAUCCCCGUUGUGAAGCCGUCCAUGCCUGAGACCACAGCUCUCGGUGCAGCGAUGGCAGCAGGAGCAGCAGAGGGGGUGAGUGUGUGGAGCCUGAGCCCAGAGGACCUGAGUGAAGUCACCUCCGAGAAGUUCGAGCCUCAGAUCAACCCCGAAGGUACGGUGAGCCGCCGCUGUCUGGCAAAGUCAUCAGUAGCCGCCACUUUGAAAAGUAAAAGGUCUGUCUGUGUGUUCUCAGAGAGCGAGUUUCGGUACGCUCGGUGGAAGAAGGCGGUUCAGAAAUCCAUGAACUGGGAGACGACGGAGCCCGUCUGUAAUGGAAACGGUGAGACGAGUAUCUUCAGCAGCAUCCCCCUGGGCCUCUACAUCAUGGGCAGCAUGUUGAUGUUAGUCGGUGCCAAAUACCUCGCAGGCCGCGACUGAACUCGUGAAGGUGUUGAAGCAAAGAGGGAAGUGAAACAAACGCUCUUCAUGUUGGACCACCACUUCACUCUUUACCCAAUACCAGGACGACUUUGAAUUAAUGGGACGUUUCCUCUAUUUUCUUGUUUUGAUUGUGUUUUUCUGUGCAGCGGCAUUGGUACAUUAGAGAUUCAUUCUAGCAGGAGUUUGCAUGCAGUAUUUCUGAGUUAUUUAUGUUGAAACUCUACCAGUGGUAGUUCAUGUUUUUGUAACUUGUCCAAUCUGCGUUCCGUGUUGUUCCAAACCCUCCACUAUGAGGCACAGAGCACUUUAUGUUUUUGUCUUGUGGGAGCUGUGUACUAACAGAGUUUAAUAUAUAUUUUUUCUAACAGUUGAGAUUAAGACAGAAAUUUUGAGUUCGUUGUGAAAUGAAAACAAAGAAGAGUUGAUGAACUGACGAGGUUUUUUCUUUUUCUUUGGAGAGAGUGACGCUCUUGUUCCUAUAGUCAUGUUCUUAAACUGUAACAAUAUGUAUAUUCUGUUCACACAGACAAUAUGAAGACAUAUAGAUGCCUGUGAACAUUAAACAUUCUCCCAAAGUUAGAAUCUAACUACUAAGAUCAUUAUGGGACAAAAAGUGAAGCAGCUGUUUCGUGAUUUAUUUUGUAGACCAAAUGUUCAUCUAAUCUCUUGUUUAUUUGCAACUCUUACAGUUCAAAUCUCCAGUUUUUGUCUUUAUAUGAUCAUCAAAGUGGUGAUAUAUUUUUCUGGUCAAAAGUUGAUGUGAUUAUUUUUUAAUAAUCUGGGGAAACUGCACGUUUUAGAAGCUGCCUAGCUACUCGUUAUCGACCUUAAAUGCUCCAAAAAGUUCAAUUCCUGCGCCAUGCAAAAUGUUUUUUGCAUCCUCAAAGAGAACUCUCAACAAGAUUUAUUGCACUUAAAUGUUCUGCAUGUUUGACUGAUUAAACUUUUUAAAUUAACACUUAAUUCAAAGGGAGAUUUAUGAAACCAGAGAAACCCAAAAUGAGAUGAUACGAGAUGAUAUAUGUUUUAAAAUGAUAAAACACAUGCCAAAAUUACAAGUCUGCAUACACAGAGGGAUGUGAAAUUGAGUUGUUUAGAUGGUGGUUCAGAGUGUGGAGUUCAUCUCUCAGCUGGUCCAAUAGCGACAGCUUGUGGCCUCUUCCAGCAUCGAGAGUGUCUGAGGAAGUGAAAGUAAAAACGGAGCAGGAAACGUACAGACGUGCAUGCAUGAACGAGGCUGUUCGGUUUGGACCUGCGGACACAGAGAGAAACCCAGUCCACCUCACCGAGCGAUGAGAGGCUCCCACUGGGCCACACUGGAGAGAUCAUUGAAGUUGGAUCUGUGUGCAGAACACCCAGAAGUAAGGACACAUGGCUUGUACAACACAGUCUGCCUCAGAUUACGUCAAAAAUGCCAGAGUGUAUCUCGUGGAAGAAUUAAAGAAUCUCUCAGUGAUUCUGGAGAACUUGAAUCAGAAACAUGUUUUGAGUAAUGAGGAGGUUUGCGUAAUAGAGGCAGAGCACAAUGACUACGAUAAACGCAGAAAAAUACUGGACUCGGUCAUAAGAAAGGGAGAAGCAGCCUGCUACGAGUUCCUCUGGAUUGUUGACGGGACGAGAAAUAGGAACUAUGGGAGGACAACCCUUCUCCCGAAGAAAACGACUGCAGCUUCUCCUGAGACCAAGAAGUUUGACCUGCACUACUGGAUCAGCUGCUUUUCCUUCAACGAAGACUCACAAACAGACGCAAGCUACUUAAAAGGCCCAAGGCCGUGCCACAGAUAUCAGGAAAAGUUGAAGUCAAAAGCACGGAAAAUAUCAAAUCAGUUUUGGACGGCAAACAAAAAUCAGUUUGAAGGAAACAAUAAGCCCGAUCUGUCGUACACGCCACUUGUGUUAGACACACAAAACAUUUCUUCUCCAGUUAAAGUCAAGAACUUAAAGAGCAAGAAAGGCAAGAAGACUUUUGACUUUUAUCAGCAUGUCGAGACUAAAGGGUUUUCAGCUGUCAUUCCAAAACUGAGGCCAUUUUUCCAGUCAGCUCCUUCAGUCUGGUCCAUAGACCUCUCAGAGAGAAAGACCUCCAUCCUCCUGGAAGUGCUGAAACUCCAACCAGAGAAGUAACAAGUGAAGCUGAGAGGCUGCUCACAUGAAGAGAGUGAAGUGAGGAGUUUCCUGCAGUGUCUGCCUUUUAUCUCACAGCUCAGAACCUGCGGGGUCCGUUGCUGCCUCGCAGAGCAGCAAAGCCCUCGUAAGGAAUACUGGAUGUCCCGGUCACAAACUGAAGGUAGGUGCAGCGGGACAGAGAAGGAAAACAAGAUGAAGGCUUAAGAUGGAGGGAGCAAAUAUCGCUGUUACACCUCGCCUCAAAAGUUUAGUAAAUAACAAUCCUGUUUCUCCAUCACACACACACACACACACACACACACACACACACACACACGCACCUGCAGAAGCCGUAGUCUCUGCUCAUUGUUGAACCUCUCCACUGCUGCCCAGAACCACCGGAUUACGAUGUGGUUGUCGUGGUAACCUACAAAUAACACAUCAUGUCAUGUAACUAUGGCGAUGGAAAUUUUGAGAUUCUCUUUUUUACUUGAAUGUUUUUCAUUGACAAUGUUUUUUAUUGUGAGAUUUAAGACUUUCAUUGCCAAUGUCUCUGUGAUGGUUGCGCUUAUGACAAUAAAUAACGUAUUACUUUAUCAUUAGGGGAAAAAAAUCAAAUAGAAUACAGACUGGGUCUAUUACUUGGUGGGUUUUCAGAAGUUGUGGGUCAUAGCAGAACCUGAGGGUGCUGGCUGAACAUAAUUUCAUGGGAAUAGUUGUGGACAUUAGAAAAAUAUUAUCUUCUUCCUCAUUAUUUUAAUGAUUUUAACAAAAUAAUAAAUAACAAAAUAGGACAUAAAGGUUUGAAGUGAACUUCGGCCUAUUCUCCAUCUGUUCUUCCGUACCUCCUCUGUACUCGGUGUUGUUCCUCCAGUCUGACAAGUCAAUUUCAGCUGUGCCAGCGAUCACCAGCUCCAGUUCCCUUGCGUCAAAGACUGAUACUAGCCUGGCAUCCACCACCUAGAAA